UCGAGAGGGAAAGAGCGACAGGCCGAACACUUGAGUGGUUGCUUAUUAUACUGGAAGAAGAGCUCCCUUAUCACUUCACUUGACGACGGAAAAAUAUCUAUGCAAGGGAUGCAAGGGGCUUGAGCCUAUAGCGAAUGUGAUAAUAUAGCAAUCAAAAUGUCAAUACUUCAGCACCAGUUCUUGUGUCGUCCUCUCACUCGAUUCCUUUCCUCCAAACUCCCUCUCACUUCCAGGGCCUCGGCUUCACCCCGAGGAUCAUCAUCGCUCAGCGUUCUGUCUCUUGGCGUAGCUCAUGCUGACAACGUACCCAGCUCGCCAUGUAAUUCUUCUCUGGCGCUAUUUUCUACCACUUAUUUUAUUGGGGAUUCGCGGGGCAGACACGCCAUCGAUAAUGUGGAGCAGUUUGCAGAGAAUAAUCUUGAUAUGCCUAGAGUGGACAUAUUGAAGCAGAAAAUGCAACUUCUUGGCAUAGACUUGGAAAAUUCUUGUUUGCCUGGACAGUACCAGAACCUGUUCUGUCCUAAGUGCAAAGGAGGACAGUUAGGGGAGAGAAGUUUGUCCUUCCACAUCAUAUCUGAUGGUGAAUUUGCAAUGUGGAGGUGUUUUCGAACUUCAUGUGGGUGGGCUGGUCAGGCUUUUGCAGGUGACAAAGAAUUGUACCGCAGGAUUGGUCAAAAGUCUUACGGAACAAUGACUGAGGAGAGUUUAGGAUUAGAGCCGCUUGGUCCUGAGCUUAUUGCAUACUUCAAGGAGAGGCUGAUAUCAGAGAAAACUCUCAGCAGAAAUUCUGUAAUGCAAAUGUCUGACAACAAGAAUGUAAUCGCUUUUACUUACAAACGGAAUGGGUUGCUUGUUGGCUGCAAAUACCGAACUAUGGAGAAAAGAUUUUGGCAGGGAAAAGGUACAGACAAGAUAUUGUACGGACAUGAUGACAUCAGUGAUGCAGCUGAAAUUAUUAUUGUUGAAGGGGAAAUAGACAAGCUUUCAUUGGAGGAGGCUGGCUUCCGAAAUUGUGUAAGUGUCCCAGGGGGAGCACCAUCAAAGGUUUCCUCAAAAGAUUUGCCACCCGUAGAAAAGGAUACUGGAUAUCAAUACUUGUGGAACUGCAAAGAGUACUUGGAUAAGGUAGAUCGCAUUAUCUUGGCAACCGAUAGUGACCCACCAGGUCAAGCUUUAGCUGAAGAGUUAGCACGUCGACUUGGGAGAGAAAGGUGUCGGCAAGUACAUUGGCCAAAGAAAGAUAAACAAAGCUUUUUCAAAGAUGCUAACGAUGUUCUGAAAUACAUGGGAGCCGGUGCUUUAAAGAGAAUAGUUGAAAAUGCAGAGCCAUAUCAAUAACCGUUGCACAAAGGGUUACGGGUGGUAUCAGCGUUACGAUAGAAUUAUAAGAAGGCUUCACUAUUAUUUUCAAGUGCGGAUGUAUAAUCUGUAAGUUGAUAACUGAUAUAGGGCUUUUUUACAUUCAUGUGCAGCAACUGCAACUACACACACACUAUAUUAAUAUAUUAAUUGACUCUCUCUCAUUCGAUAUUA